AUGACAGAUGGGAGUGAUGUAAACUAACUUGUUUAACAUGUGAUAAAUUGAUAUCGUUAGAAGAAAACAGCGUGCAGAUCAUGUGUUUCACUUUUGUUACAUUGGUAUAUCUCUGAGACUACUACAAAUUAUAAUAUAGUUCAACUAUAAAAUAAUCUUAGGGUUUAAUAGUUAAGCGUUACAGACAUGUUUGUGGUGAAAAUGUUCUGUUAGAAUGUAGUGUAAACAGUAAAUAUGACAGACCAGAAAGCAUAAUACGGGAAGUUUUUUAUAUAUACUGAAGAACAAAGAAUUCCAGUAAUCUGCAAUACUCAUCAUUUACUCAUAGUCACAAACAUUUUGUCUCACAAUGUCUUCAAUGGUCCAUAAACUUCCAGUGUCUCAGAGACUUGGUUUCAGUAUUGGACAUGUACUAAAUGAUCUGACGGCUUCCAUGUGGUUUAGCUAUUUGAUAAUAUACUUUCACCAAGUGAAAAGAUUCAAUAAUAUUUUAGCAGGAUUAUUAAUGUUAAUAGGACAAGUUAGUGAUGCUCUGUUCACUCCGUUUAUUGGUUUUGAAUCAGACAGUACUGUUGGGAUAUGCAAUUUAGGGAAAAGAAAAUCCUGGCAUUUUGUUGGUACUUUAUGCGUAAUAGGAAGUUUUCCUUUUGUCUUUAACAAGUGUAUAGAGUGUGAAAAUUCUGCAGACUGGGCACAAUUUAUAUACUAUGCACCAUUUGUUGUCAUUUUCCAGUUUGGCUGGGCGUCUGUACAGAUUAAUCAUUUAUCUCUCAUACCAGAUCUAACACCAGACGAGGGAGAGAGAGUAGAAUUAAAUGGAAUGAGAUAUGCAUUUACAGUUAUAUCCAAUUUAAUAGUAUUUGGUGUGUUUUGGUUGUUAUUUGAUCUGAAUGAUGGGAACAAAGAUGCUACAAUGUUAAAUCACACAGAUAGUGAUAGAUUUAGGAAUCUUGUAUUCAUUGCAGUAGCCAUAGGGAUAGUUUUUAGUUUUAUAUUUCACAUGGUUGUUAGGGAGAAAGUGAAAUGUAAUCAAGAGUUUGUAGGAGAGGAACCUGGAUCAUCAGAAAAUUUAGUUUCUACCAUCGAAGCUUCUAUGCUUCAGAAAAUAUUAAUGACGUGGAAAUGCUGGUUAAAAGAAAUUCAGUUUUAUCAGAUUGCUGUUAUAUAUAUGUGCACACGACUAUUUGUAAAUGUAUCACAAAUUUACCUGCCUCUUUAUAUCACAGAAACAUUGGAAAUGGAAAAGGACAAUGUAGCUGUAAUGCCUUUAGUUGUUUAUGUCAGUGGAUUUUUUACAUCACUUGUUAUGAGACCAAUGAAUAAGAAAAUAGGAAGAAAGGCAACAUAUUUUGUUGGGAUUGUGUUUGGUGUGUCAGCCUGUAUAUGGAUGUAUUUCCUAGAGAAAUCAACAUCCAAACAAACUUAUGGUGCUGCUGUUUUACUGGGAAUAGGAGGAUCGACAAUGCUGGUUACCUCCCUUUCUAUGACUGCUGAUAUGAUCGGAGAAAACACAGAAAGUGGAGGCUUUGUAUAUGGAUCAAUGAGUUUUACAGAUAAAUUAUCAAAUGGCAUUGCUGUAACAUUAAUCCAGUUUUUACAUCCUUGCACAGCAUGUUGUCCACAUUGUAAUGAAUAUUACAGAACCAUCUUAGCCUUUGUACCUGCCAGUGUAGCAGUGGUGGCAUUUGUAGGUUUAUUAACAUUGCUACCUACAAAGUUAGGAACACGCAAAAAACAUUUAAGACGCUUGGAGCCGAUUGUUAAUAAUGGUGAAGUGAAAUCUCAGGAAAAUAAUACAAACAUCUACUAUGACACUGAAGAUGAUCUCAGACAGCCAUUACUUAGAAAGAAAACUCCUAGUAUAAAUAAUAGCUGAUAAAAAAUGUUAGAAUUGUGUACAUUAAGUGUUAACAUGCUUAUCAAGAGCUGAUAUACAUUUUAUUGGUUACUUUUGUUCAUUUUACCAAGAGUUGAAUCAAAUAUAUCUGUAUAUUUGAUAGUGUUUAUUUUCAAGACUGCAAACAAGCCUAUUGUACCAUCAUGUUAAUGACUAAAAAUGGCAAUAGUAUUAGGGAAGUAUGCAAUGAGUGUUUCAGAACUUCAAAACUUUAGAUUUCCUGAACAGCAAGAGAAUACAGAUGGAAUGUGUUGAUACAGUUAUGAAUUUUCAAAAGUUUAAAAUGUUAGAAAUAAAUGAAGGACUGCUGAACCAACGCCUCUAAAGUUAAGUGUAGGUAAAGAUCCCUUAAGUGGAUACCGAUGGUAUGCAGGGUUGUCAAAAGAAAGAAAUAUAUCUAAAUACCACUAGAUUGACAACAACACUUAAGAAAUCUGCAAAUUUAUUAAGUCGACAUGUUUCGCCGAUCUAAUCGGCGUCAUCAGGACAAGUUACAAAUAAAAGAAAUCUCUGAAGUACAAAAAAAUGAUAUCAAGUUUUUUACGUCAUAAUGUAAAUUAGAAAUAAAGGAUCAGUAUCAUUUUCCUGAAGAAUUUUAGAGAUUUGUGAAAAAAAUAAAAAUAAUUAGCUAUCUUUCUCAUUUCCUUAGAGAUGAUUGCUACUGGUUAUUGUCAGUGUUUUUCAGAAUGUAAUUUACGAUAAACUUAAAUUUAAAUUCAGAUUUGUGUGUGUAAAAUAUUACUUCACUACGUUAAAUGUUUUUCUUAUGAGCAACUGGCUGCCCCUUUUAUUUUGAAGUGUUUAUUACAAGCUUUGUCCAUGCUAAAGAUAAUUUUUUCAGUGUCUCUUUUUAGGCAUUAGUUUACUGCAUGAUAUGCAAAUUUGACUGUAUAUCUUUGUUCCAGGAACAUUUUGUAAAAUAAAAUGAAUUCUUGUGUAUAAAUCAAGAAGUUGUAUAGAAACUGCCAUGUAAAACAUUUCCUAGCAAAGAUAGUUUUGAUAUUAUCUUAGUGUUGUUGUAUUUGUUUUAUUGUUUUUGUCGCAAAUAUUGUACAUUUUUAUUACCUAUGUUUUUGUAAACAUUAUUUAUAUAGUUCGUAUUUUCAACUUUAGACAUAAUUAAAGACUUUACAAGAAAUGUCAAUAUAAAAAAUGCAUCAUAUUCAUUAAAUUUAAUGGAACUUUCCUGAGGAAAGUAGUUUGAAGUAGGCAAAGUUCAAGGAUGUACUUUUGUUGUUGUCAUCUCAUAUAUGGUGAAUGGUUGGCUGGCUUAGAAAAAUGGUACCUAUAAGUUGCAAGCUGUAUAUGAUUACCUCCCCUUGGCCAUGCUUUAGUUAGUUCAUGAUUUUCACAUUGUCUAAGCAACUGCAUACACAUUUUUUGUCUCACUUGGGACACUGUAUUGAUUAAUUUUCCGGCAAUUUUCAACAACAUAUGUCUAUAAAGGUUUUUUGAUUAAAUCAAUAUCAGAAUACUUACAAAUGAAGAUUUGUGUUAUUUGGUUUAUAGUUCAAUUUGCGCUCCAUUAUUUGAAUGCAGUAAGUAAGAUGCAUCCUCUUGAUCAUGUUUGUCCAAACAGAUGUUAAGUUUUCAUAGUAUAUUUGUUUAUGAAAAACUUUUAGUUAGGCAAACACUAAUAUUCAUUUAUGCUAGAUUUUCCUGAUAUUUUCUUGCACCAUCUCCGUGGUUAUCGUGGUAGCAUGCUCACCUCGAGUGUGUGAAGUUGUUGGGUCUAACCAAUAAGCCAUGUAUCUUUGAAGAGGUUUAUUUUUGAAUAUGCUGCCUCAACACUAAACAUGUGACCUUUAGCAACUUAAAAUGAAUGUGUCAGGGUAUGAUGAUAUGUCUUACUGUAGUUUUUUGCCCAUGUUACCAGCACAUUUAAUAUCAGUUUCAGUGUGUGGGUCUAGUAAAAAGCAAAUUUUUGAAAGAAUUAAGUAAUUUAUUUGACGAAGAUUAUUCAAAUUAACCAUUUUCAGGAAACAAUACUUUUAAAAGGAGGUAAAAUAUUGAAUGCAAUAAUAUUAAUAACAAAAUGAAAAAGUAGCAGAAUUAAUAUAAUUUUUGUAUUAAAAUUUAAAUUAUUUUAGUAAUACAGACCAAUAUUGUGGUCCUAUUCAUGAAUAGUUGGAUACCAGCUUUGAACAGUUGAUAUACAUUAUAUGCAUGAUUUAAAUAGACAUUUUAAGUUGACAUAGCUGGACCUAUGUCUUCAGCUGAAUUUGUGCCCCCUAUAACAGUCAGACUUAAAACUAUUACAUUGUUCAAUUUAUUAAAUGUACUUUUUGAAGAAUUAUUUAUUGUUAUACAUUUGUACUUGUUAUUAUUAAUAAACUGUUAACAUAUGGUGUGCUGGCACAUUAGGUUAGGGGGGACAAAAUAAGCAAGGGGAUAUGGGCUGCUGAAAUUAAAAAAAAAAUUUCAUAUUAGCUAAAAAAAGGGGACACACACUCACCCCCUACCCCUUUCUCUUGAAUCUACCCCUGGUUAAUUAUUUAUUGUUUUCUUAUAACAAGGAUUACACAUACUCUAGUCCUCUGAUACAUUGUAGAUACUAUGAAAUCUAGUCACAUGAAUAUAACCCGGAGAAGCUUUCAUUAGUUCAUGUUACUAUUUGGCAAGAUAUGGCUUUUUUUAUAAUUUUGAUUUCUUUGGUCAAUACGGGAUGAUAGAAUAUGACACUUGCCUAAAAGCUCAAAUAAAAAUUUCUAAUUCCACUUUGUAAAUAGGUUGUACAGCAUAAUUUUACAGUCAUUAUACAUUGGUUUAAUAAUUUUUAAAUAUUAGAUUUUGUUUGUAUGAUUUCAUUUACUAAUAACAACUUAAUAAAUUUGUUUUGGUUGUAAGAGAAUAUUGAUCUGACUAUUCAAGAAAAUAAUAUGUAAAAUCAGAAUAGGUUUAUACAAGAUUACAGUUUCAUUUUUCAAAAUAUUGUCUUCUCUUCCAUUUUACAUUUUUUUUUUGUAAAUUUGAUUUUGUACAGUACAAAUAAUGUAAAAUAAAAAAAUCUUUUUUUUUUUUUUUGGGGGGGUGGGGGGGUGAAUAUAAUUAAAUUUGGUUGUUUCAAUGAACCAUGGUACCACAAAAGUAAUACUGUUAGUUUAUCUUUUUUUGAUUGUCUGGUUUUGAUUUUCAUGUUUUGGAAUUGAAUUAUACUGAUUAUGUAUUAUAAAAGACCAUUUUGGACAAUAACUUUUUUGUGACACAUAUUUAAAACACUCAAAAUUGCCAACAUGCAAGGUUGUUAAUGGUAGAAAAACCAUGAAGCUAAAAUGCCAUUGAACAAUACUCAAGUAACUUUAUAUGUUUGUAGAUUUUAUUGUAAUAACUAAUUAUAUAUGGUCUUACUUUAUCAUUAUGAUUGUUACUUGUCUCAUUUCUCGAUUUGUUAUACAAAUCAUUUUGUUAUUUAUCUACAGCUAAUAUAUUUGAAUAAAACAUAAUAGAAACUA